AUGGACAACUAUGACAUGUUGCAAGAUGCCUGUACGGCCCUCCUAGAAAUUCUGGAGAAGAGUUCAGACUCUGUGAAAGAAGCAUACAAGUACAUGCAAGCCCUUCCUGAGGAUGUACGAGACAAGCUCUUCCCAUUCUAUAGUCAUCAUAGUCUUGGAAUAGAGAGGGCGAUGUGUGGGAACCAAACAUUGAAGGAAAUGCCUGGUAGAUCAGACCAAGAAGAGCUGUACGCUAGGUUUGGUUUCCUUCAUGCAUCUUGCAAGAAGGGAGAUGUCGACGCUGCUCACAUGUUAAUGUGCUGGGGGAUUGAACCAUGUUGUAAGAAUACAGAGGGUAGAAGUGCAUUGGAAAUAGCUACCACUGAGGGUCAUCUCAACAUUAUUACUGAACUGGUGAAAAUAGAUGAAGGACUACUAGAGGAUGUUGCCGAGUUGAAACUCCUUGUCUGUCGUGCAUGCAAGGCAGGGAAGAAGGAAAUUAUAGACUACUGGUUUGAUCAACUGAUAAGACAUGGGCAUCUACUCUUCGAGCAACAUGAACCCAAUCCACUCCUGUUUGCAUGUCAAGGUGGGCAUUACAGCAUAGUAGCAGAUCUGAUUGAGAGAGGUUUAGUUAGCAUUGAUGAAGCAGCAGUCUAUAUGAUGGGCGCUGAUAUCUUGCCACUCCUCAAGAAAUGGGUUGUACCUGAUGACUCCAGCACUAAUACCGACAACGACAAAAAGGAACUCAUUGCAAAUUGGCACCACAAGCAGCUCAAUACCUUUGACCCAUCGUGGCUUCAGGGUUUUCAAGACUCAACCCAUCAAGUCCUGUCGACCAUCAAUCUUUCCCAGAAUUCUCUCUCCUCUGUACCAGAGGGUCUCCUAUGGGGUUUACAGAAUCUACGUCAUCUCAACCUAUCCCAGAAUUCAAUUCAGAGACUGCCGUCCCCGAAAAGCCAUCGAAACUUGAGCGAGUGUCGAUUAAAGACUCUGAUCCUGUAUCAGAAUAAGCUGGUGUCUGUACCAGCUGAACUGUUCAUGUUACAAGAAUUAGAGUUCCUGUCCCUCGCCAACAAUUCCAUGACAGAGCUUAUACAACCUGCUAAGGAAUCCACACAGAAUGAGAUCCCAAGACAAUGGAACUGCAUGUCUCUCGUCAAUCUGAAUCUCUCCAAAAACAAACUGAGCUCUCUCCCGAGACAGAUGGAUGCUUGUACAUCACUUAUCACUAUCAAUCUAUCAGAUAACUCAUUCUAUGAGAUACCAAAACCUUGGACAUGUCCACUGGAGAUUCUGAACAUGUCUAAGAACAUGGUCCAGUCCGUUUCGGGUGACCUACCAAGGUUCUGGCACCGUACAUUGCGAUUCCUCAACUUGAGCUACAACCGUCUGACAGAGAUUCCCACUGCCAUCUGUCAGUUGAGCAGUCUAACGGGCUUGGAUCUCUCCCAUAAUGCACUCCAUUGCUUUCCAUUACCAGGAACAUGGAGCAUAUGCAAGCUUCAGCAUCUUUACUUGGCUCACAAUCAACUCAUGCAUAAAGAGGCACAACCACAGACCAAGCAAGACAAGUGA